AUGUACAUAAGUGUAAAUGGUUCAGAAGCUCGAUUCAUUGCACUUUUCUAUGUUAAAGCCUAUCAGAGCCAAUGUCCAUUUGAAUGGCUUUAUACGAUUUUUCAGAUUUUGGAAAUAUUGCUAGUUGUUGUGGCGGGAGUAUUGAAUAUGUACACUGUCUACAUGGCUCUACAUACCCAAUCUUUCCACAUAAAUAUAACACUCAUAUACACGGUUUUCAUGUUCCACUGGUUCGAGCUCAUCAUCUCCCGGUUCUUUCUAUUUCCUUAUCAAGAAGCAAUUUUUCCACUCCAAAUCCAAAACUCUAAUAGUCUGAUUGUAAAUACUUUUGAUGAUAUUAUUGUUCCUAUCUCAAGUCCCCAAACAAAUUUAUCACUAAUGUUGGGAGCGGGGCUCCGUGGUCGUUGGAUGCUUCUGGUAUGCUUUGCGAUUCCGUGCAUAGCUGUUGAGAGGAGCUUUGCCACGUUGCUUGUCAGAGAUUACGAACAAAAAUCCCGUGUCUACAUCUCAAUCAGCUUAAUCAUUUUUUCCGAACUUUUUGCCACAAUUGCAGUCUAUGCAGUUGUAUUUCAAAUUGUUGGAGUUUUAUUUCUUGCAUUAACUGCCACAAUUUUGCAGCUUUGCUCCUUUGGUAUAAUUCAAGCGAUUAAGCAAAAGACCAAGUAUUUCGAGAAAAAAUGCGAGAGAAAUGUCAACUUUUACACUUUGUCUGUCAAAUUUCAGCUGACUGAGAAUGUGCAAUCUUUUAAGUUACUACACGUACUUGUCAUCGAAGUUGCCAUAAUGAUAACUACCGUAUCCAUCACAAUUCUUCUCGGCGAUUUGGGUUGGAUUUCGCCGGAUCAUACGGUUUUUGUGUUUUACGUAAUGGAAAAGUUUAUACAUAUCAAUCCAUUAUUCAUAUGCUCUGCGGUAUUCUACAUGAAACCCCGUUGGCUCAAAAGUCUGCUACAAUUGGUUCCCGGCAGAUUGGCACGCCGUACUCAUGCAGUUGAAUUUUCUGAAACUGAGAAAAUAAGGGAAUCGGAAGCUGAUGCACAUUUCGAGCAGUUGAGAAAGUUGUGGUGAUUUUGACAUUUUUUUGUUGUAUAUUUUAUUUUUAUUUUUAUUUUUAUUUUUUCAUAAACUUGUUUUUUAUCCAAA